AUGUUCUUUCUGUGCUAUAUUUUGGAAAACGCAUCCGCGCAGCGUCGUAGUAGGUACGAAGAUUCCACGGAGAUCGGCUCGUGAGAUUGUGAUCAGAUCAGAUACGGAUCGAACUUUAAACAGAAAGCAAACAGCACCAACAUGAGCAGCGUCGAUGAAGAUCUUACCCCCGAGCAGAUUGCCGUGCUCCAGAAGGCAUUCAACAGCUUCGAUCACCAGAAGUCGGGUUCCAUUCCCACUGAAAUGGUUGCUGAUAUCCUCCGUCUGAUGGGUCAGCCCUUCGACAAGAAGAUCUUGGAGGAACUGAUCGAGGAGGUCGAUGAGGACAAGUCUGGUCGCUUGGAAUUCGGUGAGUUCGUGCAGCUGGCUGCCAAAUUCAUUGUGGAGGAGGAUGCUGAGGCCAUGCAGAAGGAGCUGCGUGAGGCCUUCCGCCUGUACGACAAGCAGGGCAACGGCUUCAUCCCCACCACCUGCCUGAAGGAGAUCCUGAAGGAGCUCGACGAUCAGCUGACCGAUCAGGAACUCAACAUGAUGAUUGAGGAGAUCGAUAGUGAUGGUUCCGGUACAGUGGAUUUCGACGAAUUCAUGGAGAUGAUGACCGGCGAGUAAAUAGACGCACUGCGUCUUUUGCCCACGACCACGACCACGCCCACAUCCACGCCCACCAACACAUACACAUACACAGGCCCAGACACACACACUUACACACACCCGCGUCCAAAACACACCUAUACACCUGUUGGGCACACGUUUGACUGUUUAUAUUUGCACACUUGUUUCACCCCCCC